UAAUGAGUUUUAUCUAUGUUUGGUAUCUUCUGUGGAUCCGUGGUCCGUUGUUACAACGGUGUCAAGUUGGCCAUGAUGUUUAUAUUGUGAUAAGUAGAUAAAUAAUUUCAUAUAAAUCAUGUCACUGCCACAUGGCAUGAUAGACAGCGUCGAUAACAUGAAGAUGGAGCCAUCAAGCCCAACAGAUCGUGAUCGUUUUCCGUUUUCACGUAGCAGUAGCACAGGAUCUCUUCACACACUGUCCUCAUCUGCCCCCAACUCAGGUGAGGGCCAGGGAGGUGUGGCCACCGGGAACAUGAGUAGCAGCAGUGGUCAUGAUGAUGAGGACAGUGACAACAAGAGCUCAACAAUCAGCUACAAGGAACGACGACGUGAGGCUCACACCCAGGCUGAGCAGAAGCGUCGGGAUGCCAUAAAAAAGGGCUAUGACUCAUUGCAAGACCUUGUCCCAACCUGUCAGCAGACAGACAGCUCUGGCUACAAGCUCAGCAAAGCCACUGUUUUACAGAAGUCAAUUGAUUACAUUCAGUUUCUUCUGCAGCAGAAGAAGAAGCAGGAGGAGGAGCGCAAUGCUUUGAGGAAGGAGGUGGUGGCAUUGCGCAUCAUGCAGGCCAACUAUGAGCAGAUAGUGAAGGCACACCAGAACCAGCCUGGUCAGGCUGAGAUGAGAGUGUCUGAUGAGACAAAAUUUCAAGUGUUUCAAACAGUGAUGGAUCAGUUAUUCCUCACAUUCAGCAACAUUUCUGUUGCCAACUUUGCAGAGCUCUCGGCUUGUGUCAUCAGCUGGCUGGAGGAGCACUGCAAACCACAGGCACUUCACCAGCUGGUUGUCUCCAUCCUGCAACAGUUGAAUUCCCAGAUGAUGCAGGGCAACAUCCGAGGAUAACUGAGUAGGACAGAGCUGUAAAAUGGCAUGGGUCAGCAUAUAUGCUCGAAGCUGUGCCUACUUUGAAGCAUUCAGUGAACUGAGUUACCACUGUGAAGGUAACAUUUAUCUUUCAACCACAGGGCACAUCUAAGCAAGUUUUCACUGUAUAUUUUGUUAUAUUGAUAUUGAAGGUUGUGAAGUACAAAAAGUAGUUGCAGUAACAAAGUAAUAUGUUACAUAUAUAAGUGUGCAAUUUGUCUGCCUCUGUUGCCUAUCUUUUGUUUAUAGACCACUGUUUAGAAGUGUAUGUUGAUGCAUAUGAAAUUACAUUUAUUCUUUAUGUAAAUAUUUUAGAGUGAUAAAAUUUAAAAUUGAACCAAACUUAA